AUGGUUGUCGAAUGGGAAACGCCAGUAUAUAUUUUAUGUGAUGUUUUCAUACUAAAUUAUACAAUUAUUUCAAAUAUUAAAGAAUCAUUUACAAUCGGUGUUCGAACAAAAAAAGCUAUUAUCGAAAUGAUUGUUGAAGCUAAAGCUGUGGUAAGUACAAGUACAAGUUUCAUAGGUACAAGUAUAGGUACUAGCAGCAAAAAAAAUUUGGUAGCCAAAGACGCAGUAUAUGGUACGAGACGAGCUUGCUUGCCUCAUCAGUUUGACGUAUAUUGCUUAUUUAAUGGACUAAUUUCAAAUUGGAAAGCUCAUCGUGUUGUGGAUUUUCGAAAACCACUAAAAAUUGAUAAAUUACAUGCAGUAGUGGGAAAGAAUUCCUUAGCGCUUUAUUGGCAAUAUGAUGCAGAUAAUUAUCUUCGAUUGAGUUAUUUGGCUAUUUAUCCAGAGGCACGUAUAAUUUCAACAGUUGAAUUAAGAGGAAAAAAUAGAUAUAAAUUUAACAAUAUGCAGCAUGGUACUUAUAUAUUUAUGAUAAUCGUCCUGAAAUACGUCGAUGAUAUCGAAUUACAAUCUGAUAUUGAAUCUAUAACUGUUUCAGUUGGUUCAACUAAGCGUUUCACAUCAGUAGAGAAGUACAAUGGUGAAAGGAUCUUUGUCACUUUUGAAAGUUCUUCGGAUAACUCAGUCAGCGUUAAUGGAUUCAUUGAUAAUUAUGCAAUAAUAGUUACAGAACAAAUUCAGGAUGUUGAUUAUAAGUUAGAUUCGUGGUUUGAUGUACAAAAGAAAGAUAUAUGGACGCCAUAUCGUGCAACUUCGAGCACCUAUAAUCCAUUUCGUCAAAAAGAAAUUUAUACAGCAACAUUUAUAAUCGGUGAUGACAAUUGUUUUACAAAAUUCGAUAAAACUGAAAUGAAACCUGAAAAUAUGUAUUGCAAUGGAAAACUUCGGCGUAAUCGACAAUAUUUUGUUAAACUCAGAACUUAUUCGCUAUUAAAAAUCGCUGUUGAAAGUGAUUGGGUUUCGGUAAAUAAUACUUAUAGAACGAAUGAACAUAAAAAAUGGAAUAAACAAGGCUAA